UACACCAUUGGUCAGCUACGUGUAUCUAUUCGUCCUUCUCUUUCGAGCUUUGAAAGUGCUCUUUUACGCGGCUUUCCCUUUCCUCCUGUCCAACCUGGUGGUAGCAAACCACCCCUGUGCAAUUCGCCCUUCCUGGUCGCCUCUUUGUCGGACCGAAAAGCGUCGCUUUGAAGCAGCGAGAGUGCGACUGGCACCCAUACUCCCCACCACCCACUGUUGGUUGCCGGGUUUACCACCCACCAAUAUACAACCCCGCUCGCUCCGCUUGCCGCGACGACCGCAGACACAAAAACAAUAACAAAUCGAUUCGCGAGGGCAAUAGGAAGGGGUCAACGAGAGGUAGGACGAUGAAGAAGAGAGGCAGAAGAGGAAAAGAGGGUGGUUAUACAUAUCUCUCUCUAUCUCUUGACUCUCCCUUCAUCCCACUCCAACUCUCUUUCUCUCUCAUUUCUCCUCGUCCCUCUUUCUGGAUAUUGUAUAGAGAACGUUAUGCUAAAGUAUGCAUGCACGAGGGUCGGUCCAAUGGUCAGGAAUCUCGCGAGUUCGUUCUGUGGCAGUACGUAUCCGGACGUAUUUCUCUGUACCCCAUUCGUGUUUCGCGAGGGAGAAUCCGUGUGCACAUUAUUUGUGUACCGAUGGUACUGCAUAACUUCCGGUCAACUGGACGGAAACUUACAAAGAUCAGCUGUGUGCUUCUUGUUAUCAUAAUAAGAAUCGGGGUGAAGCAUAACUAGAAGAUGAUUUACUGUAAUGAUAAUCGGCCUGAAUUAUAGUAGGCUACCGGACGGGUUUCCAUGGAAUAUGGGAUCUGGAGUUUUUACGCCGCGGGUGAACUUUGGGGUGAUCCGCGUCUCACCCGAAGGCAUCCGAUUCUACCAUCAAGUGCAACACAGUUACUGCCGAGAUCCGCAUUCGCCUUGAAUGGCUUCCAUCGACCAAAUAUGGUGUCAUUACCAUUGACUUCCGUUGGGCUACCAUAUGGACCUAUGGAACUCGUUACAAAACGGAAUAGUGAACGGGAUGUGAAGAACGAGGAGAGAAAAAAAGAAAAACAAGAUGACAACGAAGAAAACAUCGAACGAGCCAACGAAAAUGAUAAUCAGACUUCCGUGCCGAAAGAAAAUAACGACAAUGAAGAUGCUGGAGAGGAAAGCGAUACUGGAAGUACAAAUAGUUCACACCAUUUAGCUAACAAUAAUUUACCGACAAAACUACUCGAUCCUAUGGCUUAUCUGACAUUUGACAAGGAUGGAACAGUUACACCAGUUCUGAAUGGCUGGGUCCUUGGCGCUUAUACCGCUAUGCUUGAAAGACUUUCAGCAGCGACAGCAGCUCUCGAAGCAACAGAAAUUCCAAACAUUCCAUCUGACAGCGAUUCUGAGAGCGAGCAUUCGUCUUACACCGAAAAAUCUCGAGGUAGUAGUCCAAACAUUAGCAAUGCACAUCGUGGUUAUUCCUGCGGUUCUUGUGACAUGGUUGCGCCAACAAGGCCAGCUUUGCGAAAACACAUUGUUAAUUGUCAUCCAUCAGUAUUCAGCGCAGAAGCUGGAGAAAAGAAAAAUUGUCCGUCCUCGGGCUGUGAUUUUACCACGAAUAGUAGAUGCGAAAUGGAGACUCACGUAGCUUCACACGUAGCACAAGGGAUGACACCCACUGGAAAGAAACGAACUUUUGCAUUACAACGCGUCAGGUAUAGGUAUGAAAGGGAAGAAUACAGAUGCUCGUUAUGCUCAUAUGCCUGCACUAUCGAAAAGGCAUUUCAGAGGCAUUUGAGAGCCCACGCAAAUGGUAUAGCGCCGGAAACGAGAGUGAGUUGUGCUGUUUGUGGGGCGGAUAGAUCAUCGGAAGUCGAUCUGAGUAGACAUAUGAGAAGACAUCGUGACGACCGAUACUUUUGCUGUGACAUUUGCAUUUUUCGCACAGUACAAUUAAAAAAGCUCAUUCAACACCGGCGAAUGCAUACAGGCGAGAAACCACAUCUAUGUCCACAUUGUGCAUACAGAAGUGCACGUCGUGAUAAUUUACGUAGCCAUGUAAGAAGAGUCCAUAAAAAAGAGAAUCUGUAUUGCGAUACAUUUAGUCCACGUGGUAUGUUGCUUACACCUACGAUUGAAAAAGAUAUAUCUCUGAUGCAGAGCCCGGAAUCUUCGCCUUCAUCCAAUUCGGAGUCGAUGAAUUAAUAAAAAAAUACAAUACAAGACAUGAAAAUAAUUGAAAUUUCGAAAUUUGAUUGGGGACCGAAAAAUUAAGCGGUUCGUCGUCGCUUUAUAUGUCCUUAACUUUGUCAAUAUAUAAUGACUUAGUCAAUAUAUAAUGACUUAGAGAUAAUAAAAUCGAUUUUACAUUGGCAGCGAAGAUCAUAUCGUCACUAUUCGAGCUUUUUUGAGAAUUGUGAAUCGAUUCUUUUAAAAAUUGAUCAAAUGAUCUAAAUUAAUCUUGAAAUAAAAAUUUGUAGAAAAAUCAAUAUUAGUUAUUUCUUAUUUGAUUAUUUCAAUCAA